AUGGGACGCCGCAGCUCAGGUGGAGGUUUCCGCAGCGCACCACGGGCCAAAACCCCUGCUCCCAAGCCAGCAACAAAAACAUCUGCUCCGGUGCCGGCGGCCCAGGGAGGCGGCGCUCCGACCUCCAUCAUCGGAACUGUCGGAUCUGCCAUCGCUGACGGGAUUGGUUGGGGCGUCGGGAUUAGCAUGGCGCACAGGGCGCUAGACUCUGUGUUGGGUCCGCGCACCAUCAGGGUCGUCGAAGGACACGAAUCUCCGGCUGCUACCGAUGCUGCAUCUCCUGCUCCUUUGGAUGCGUGCAACAUCCACAACAAGGCCUUCGGUGAUUGCAUCAACCAGAACGGGAGCGACAUCAGCAGGUGCCAGUUCUACCUCGACAUGCUCAACCAGUGCCGCCGCGAAGGAGGUGCAGGAGCAUCCACCAUCGUUUAGAAUCGUUUUUCGUUUAGUUGCAUGUAGUUUCAGUCCGCAUCUGUCGAUAAUGAUGAUGAUGAUAGUUAAUUAUUGUGACAAGGAGGAGGACCAGCCGCCACCAUUGCUUAGGCUUGUA